GUCUCUUACGAAACCACCCAAACGACACCGUUUCAUCUCCACUUCUUCUUCACUCUUUUCUUUUCCGUUUUGCUUUCAUCCCCUUUCCCCUGUUUCGCAUCCUUUAUAAAUCACCACACAUUUCCUCAAUCUCCAAACAUUCUCUCAACAAUGGCGAAAUCAAUCCUCAUUUUCCCUCUAAUUCUCUUUCUUCUUGCACCGAUUGGUUUAACGGAGACUGUUCGUUUCGAACACCCUAGGUUUCCGUCAACUUUUGCGGAGAAGAUGAUCAGGGAGUUCAAUUUGUUUCCGGAACGAUCGGUUAAUGUUGUGGAUGAUGAAUCUGAUGUGGUGAGUGAGAAGAAGCUGGUUGAGAAGCGGUUUGUGUUUCCGAAUUUUGUUGAUUCGAGUGGUGCGUCUGUUGAAGAGUUGGGGCAUCAUGCUGGUUAUUAUAAGAUUGAACACUCUUAUGCUGCGAGGAUGUUCUAUUUCUUCUUUGAAUCACGAGGUCGCAAAACAGACCCUGUUGUUAUCUGGUUGACCGGAGGGCCAGGAUGUAGCAGUGAGCUUGCACUCUUUUACGAAAACGGUCCGUUCAAAAUUCAAAAGGACUCGUCUCUUGUCUGGAAUGAGUAUGGCUGGGACCAGGCAUCCAACCUAUUGUUUGUUGACCAACCUACUGGAACCGGCUUUAGUUACAGCACUGAUAAACGAGACAUUCGCCAUGAUGAGCAGGGUGUCAGUAAUGACCUAUAUGACUUCCUGCAGGCCUUCUUCAAAGAGCAUCCUGAGUAUGCAAAAAACGACUUCUUUAUAACUGGAGAAUCAUAUGCCGGUCACUAUAUUCCCGCUUUUGCUGCUAGAGUUCAUGAAGGAAACAAAGCUAAGCAAGGAAUCCACAUAAACCUUAAGGGAUUCGCCAUUGGAAAUGGACUCACCGAUCCACUAAUUCAAUACAAAGCGUACACUGAUUACGCGCUAGACAUGGGAAUAAUUAAGGAAGCUGAUCAUAAAAGCAUCAACCGGAAAAUUCCCGCGUGCGAGACAGCUAUUAAACUUUGUGGCACUGAUGGCACAACAGCUUGUAUGGCUGCAUACUUGUCUUGCAACUCCAUUUUCAGCUCAAUCAAAUCUAUUGCUGGCAAUAUCAAUCACUAUGACAUUAGAAAGCAGUGUGAGGGCAGCCUAUGCUAUGAUUUCUCCGACAUGGAGAAUCUCCUUAGCAAGAAAUCCGUUAAAGACGCUCUCGGAGUCGGGGAUAUGGAUUUUGUUUCGUGUAGUUCCGUUGUCUAUCAAGCCAUGAUUAUGGAUUGGAUGAGGAAUCUUGAAGUCGGUAUUCCAAACCUUCUUGAAGACGGGAUUAAGUUGCUUGUAUAUGCCGGAGAAUAUGAUCUUAUAUGCAACUGGCUCGGUAAUUCAAGAUGGGUUCAUGCAAUGGAAUGGAGCGGUCAGAAAGAGUUUGUUGCAUCCGCUGAUGUUCCUUUUGAAGUCGAUGGUUCUGAAGCGGGCUUACUCAAAACCCAUGGCCCACUCAGUUUCCUCAAGGUUCAUGAUGCGGGACAUAUGGUUCCUAUGGAUCAACCAAAGGCGGCUUUAAGCAUGUUAAAGAGGUGGACAAGGGGAUCGCUUUCUGAAAGUGCAAACGAGCCUGAAUCCGCUGUUUCUUCCAUGUAAUGUGAUGUCAGCAGCGAGUUUGAUGGUGUGUCUAACCGCUUGUAAAUGAAUUGUCUAUGGUCUUGACCAAGUUGAACAAUAAGAGCAUCACCUGCUAGAAUUUUCAAUGGUUUCGUUUUCUGUGAACUGCAUUUGGUUUCUAAAUCAGUAGACAUUGUUGGGAUUACACCGAAAUGAAAUGAAUUUUAUCUACAUGUUAUGAAAUUCGAAAAGGUUUUUACUUA